AUGUCACCAUUAAUUCAAGGUCCAAUCGGCAGUUGUCAUCACCAUUGCGAUUCGCGAUAUAUUCUUACGUUCAUCGAGAAGUUCUCGCUGUUCCUUACGGUACUCGGCGUAUGCUGCAAAGUGACGAAUCUAACGGUGCGUCGAAACGAGAUCAUCGAUCUCACUGAUAUGCUACUGAAGGAUAUCUGCGUACCCCGGAACGAUCACGAAAUGGAUAUCCAGCAACGCUUCGAUCGUAGUGCGAAGUACGUAUUGUGGAUAAUCACCAUAUGUGUCGAGAUACUAAACGAGUCGGUUGCCUUCUUUGCCACGGUCGCGCAAUUCCGGUUCUUUGUCACCACCCGGACCUUACUGUCCAACUGGGUGCCCUACGACAUCUCGUCGACGACCGCUUUCUGGGCGACCAUGCUGCACCAAACGAUCGGACUGUUGGUCUGCGCGAACGCCAGCGUUGCCCACGAGACUCUCAUCUCCGGUUUUAUGAUCCAGACGUGCGCCCAAUUGGACAUACUCUGCCAUCGCGCUCGCACGUUGCCCAAUUCGCUGCGAGAGGCCCGGAAAUGCAGCACCUCGAAAGAAGACUUCAAGGCGCGAGGACGGCGACUCGUACGCGAGCUCAUCCAUCAUCAUUGCUACAUUUAUAGAUUUGCGGAGCGCAUCAAUACGGUGUUCACGCUAAUGAUUUUCGUGCAAUUCACCACAAGCUCGACGGUGCUCUGUCUCAGUAUGUACAAAAUGUUGAUGAAGAACUUACUGAGUCUCGAGUUUGCGUGGAGCUUUUCGUACUUCGGUUGCAUGCUUAUGCAGAUUUAUUUGUACUGCUGGUUCGGCAACGAGGUGACACUGAAGUGGUCCGCUGGACGGCGGGUUUUAUCCCGUUUCAAGUGGACCACUGCUCUGCUCAGCAGUUGCAAUUAUUGUUUAAUUGCAACGGCUGCAAAUUUUUGGAGAACGCACGCAUUGGGACUGCCGAAGUCCUGCGUUGGCAGUCCUCAAUUAUUUUGA